UAUUCAUCAUGUUCUAUCAGUUUGGAAAACAAAGGACAACCUAAUGGUAAAAAUGUGACAGUUUUUCUAGAUCUAGACCGACGAUGACCUACAACUUCAUCGCUGAUAGAUAGAUGAUGUAAAGCUUCAUGUAUUCGUACCAGCAUCAUGAGCAAGGCACGGGCAGACGACGAGGACAGUAUCUCGGAUCUGUCCUCUUCGGAAGAGCUUCACAACGACCAGAAAGAAGUUCUAGAUGAAUCGCCGCAGGAGCACGAUCCGAAUCAGCCAGCUAGUAGUGCCGAAGGCGUUGACUCAGCAGCACGCGAUGUUAUAGAAGCUGGCCACAAUGAAGAUCUGGGCAAUAGAGAAGCCCCGGCGGAGCGCAACGACGAGCCACCUGCGCCGGUUGUUGUACCUUCAAUCAGACAUGCGGAAGAACCCGAUGUUGAAAUCCCAGCGCAAAGUUUCGAAUCCGUGCCCGCCGCACAGGAAAAGAACGCGCGUGUUGGAAGUCCUGCUGACAAAAAACAAGAUCUCACGAAAAGCGACGGCGGAAACUACAGGAUUGACAACCCGGAGAAGAGAGGGAACCUCGAAAGCAAUCUCGCUUCCCUGGUCGAAACGGAGCAUGUUCGAAACGACGUGGCUGGGAGAAACACAGGACGAAGUGACGAUGAAGGGUCUUCUUCAAGUAGGUCGUCUUUGUCCCAAUCCCCCUUCACGUCCAAGAAGCGAAAGAUUGAAGUAGUUGAAGCGCCUGCAACUGCGACAAGCGGUCAGCAUGAAGAUGCUCAAAUUGCACGUCACAUCGCGGAAGAAGACGAGCCAGAGUUGAUAUUUGUCGACCAAAUAGAGGACCAGAGUAGCCACGGUUAUCGCGUAGGAGCGGACAACUUCAUCGGGGAGAACGAUUUCGGAGAGCAGCUACCUCCUCAGAGAGCUUCUGCAGUCGAUGAAAAUGAGCCGCCCAGUAAAAACCUAGUGGGGGAUGACCCUCCUUACAACUCCGUUGUCGUUGAAGAAGAGAGCCCCUUCGAUUUCCAACCCUCUCCGAAGUCUAAGGCGUUUCAGCGAUUGUCGCGCCGAACUUUUUACAGCAGCGACCCCUUCUGGCGCAGCUGCCUCGGCCCGCCGCUCGUCAAGGACUUCGACCAGCCCGUGGCCUGGUGGUGGCUUUGUCACUUGUUUCCGAGCGUGCGUGGCUUUUUGUUUCAAAGGGAACAGCAGAUCGAGUGGGAAAAGGCGCAAAAGAUGUUGUGCGAGGAGGAAGUAGAAGAGGAGGAAACUACACCGAGAAAUCUUCAUGCGGGAUCCUUUUACUCGAACUUCAGUCUGGCCUCUGAAAUGAAGGGAACAAGCGCCGGUAAGAAGGGCGGCAAGCCGUCGGGGCUAAAGGGCGCUUUUCUGGCAGACUACGCGGGAGCUCCCGCUGCCGCACAGUACGCGUUGGGCACGGGCGAGCAUGGAAGUAAGGGAACGGCAGCUGGCACUGCGAACUAUAAAGGGACUGGUUUCUUCGGCGGCAAGAAAGGGAAUGGUACCAAGACGAGCCUGUAUCCGAGCGGCACUUCAAAAGGACCCGCAGAAACACCGGCGCACCACUAUGCUGACAAAACGAGUGGGGGUGCAUUUUCCAAGUUUACUUCUAAAAGCCAGCACCCAGUCGAUCACAGCUCGUUCGGGAAGCAACACCCUGGCUACAAGGGCGGGAGUGCAGCGGGACCGGGACAAAAAGGUCCGCUUCCUGACGAUACGAGUCACUACUUUCUAGCCACUAGUUCUAUCGGCAGCAAAGGCGCCAAUCCUCACGCAGCGCACAUCCCGGAGAACGGCUACGGUACUGUGGCGAGCGAAUACGAAAGCAGAGGAGGGCAGUACUAUGACUCCCACAACUACAACUAUGUUAGCGGCGCAUUCAGCAGCUCUGCACAUCACGACCCAGCAGCACUCCGGCGAGAACAGCAGAACGGUGAGCCAGAAGAUAGGAACGCCCCUGUCGCAGCAAACAGUGGCAAUGGAACGCACAGUGUUUAUCUGCAAGUCAACGAGGAAGACGAUUCUUCUGGGCAUGGUACUAUGGGAGAAACGCAGCACAGAGGACUGGCGGUACCCGCGGCCCCGUUUGAGAAUGUCGCUGUCUCUGAGGUUUCGCGUGCGGAGUUGUAUGGGAAGAAAGACGGGGGAAAGAAAGGCGGUAUUAAGCAAUCCGAACUAUUAUACGGCAAGAAAGGCAGCUACGGACCGCCCGCCUACAACAGCAACCUAGCACACCAUCAGCCACCACCGCCAGUACAUCAUCCGCAUCCCUAUCCGCCGCAUCAGCAGCCCCAGCCAGCACCUAUGGGUGUGCACAACUACGGAAUUAUGUCGACCCCGUACGGCUACGGUGCUGCUCCACCGCACAAGGGGACGAUGGUGCACAACAAGCAGGCCGCGGAUCUCUCUCCCGCCGGCGGCCCGGGCAAAUACGGCUUUCCGCCCGGGAAGAAUCCGCAGGUUGCAGGGGGUUUUUCCCCAGCAGCCGGCGGGGGAAAAUACGGUUACGGUCCACCACCGCCCGGUCCACCCAAGGGAGAUCCUGGACUCGGAAAAGCGACAAAAACCCCGAGAAACACCACCCCACCUCCUCCCUCAGGAGAAGGUGGACCAACAGGCGCUUUGAUUCCAAAAGCGCCGUCGCUUAGCGCGCGCAUCAAUCAAGCAUUGUGAUUUUUCACUUGAUAAUUUUCAUUUUCCUAAGUAGUUCUUUCUUUGCGGCAAGUGUGCGCAAGAACCGACCGUCACGCAAGAUAGAAAUUCCGAACGACAUCACGAUUUUCUCUUCCCUUUCGACUUUCCAGCGCGCAGGCCUGAGGCCUCCUGUUACAAU